GCAGGCAAAGGAAGAGCGAUGGAAGCAGAGAGGUGGGGCAAGGGAGGGUGUGUGUUCACAUGAGGCGCUCUUCCGCCUCUUGUGUGGGUGCAGACAGCUGCUUUGGAAGCAAGCUUUUCAUACAAACUGCCUGUCACUCCUGGCUGGGUGGAAUCAGGACGACUGGAGAGUUCACGUGCACCUUUACCUUCAGCUACUCAUUCAGACAAGGCAUGACCAGGAUGUGGACUCUUCUCUUGGGGGUCACCUUAGGACAUCUGGCCUUUUGUAGGUCAGAGCAACUUCAAGUCAAUUCUCGCAGCUGCAGCUUUGCCGGAGUGUUUAUUGUCGAGGGAGAAGCUCGUCACUCUCUGACAUUUAUCAAGGCUCAUAAUGUAUGCAAGCAGCUAGAGACGACAAUGGCAAAUCCACAACAAAUCAAACAGGCCUUCGAGAAAGAAAUGGAAACCUGCAGGAAUGGCUGGAUCAGCAACAUGAGCUUCGCUAUCCUCAGGCACACACCGCAUGAAAACUGUGCCAUGAAUAUGACAGGCUUAAUCAUUUAUCCUCAUGACGACCUAUCUGAAAAUUUAGAUGCUUACUGCUACGAUGAAACAGCUGGGCCGGAGAUUAACUGUGAUAAGAUGUUUAAAAGAAAUGAACAAGCUGAGUCUGAGUCCACUCCAUCAGAAUCAGAACUAUCUGUUGGGGUAACUGAAGCAACACCGCCCCCUAUGCGAGAAGAAACCACAGAACAGCCUACAGUAGAAUCCACUUCACUUGGAUGGGACAACAAUCAUAAUGUCCUGAUCACGUUCCCUGUUGGAGACUUUGAUCAGACCACAGGAUCCGGGUUGCAGCCGCCCCACUCUGAAGAGGAAACACUGUCGACCCAAGUCACCGCCAGUGAGACUGACGUGACACAGCCCCUUCCACAUGAUAAGCAGGGGGAUGUGAAAAUGAAACCCGAAAAUGAGCAUCCUACAACUGCACCUACACAGCAACCCUCCCAUGGCAACAAAAGGAUGAACGAGGUCAUGCCAGAGUCAAAUCAAAGAGAGGGCAGCGAUUCUUCAAACUGGCUUGUCAUCAUUGGGGUGCUCGCAGCAGUUGCCGCUAUCCUCUUUGUGUGUGUGGCAGUUGCCAAAAGGAAGAGCUGGUGCGGCAAGAAACAAACCCUGAUGAUCACGUCAAAAGAGAAUGAGGGAAACGGUGCCGCAGGGGCUGUGGCCUCCAGUUCCCACGUGCAGGAGAGGGAGCAGGAAAUGGUGACCCUCAUGAAUAAGGAGAAGAUCCAGGAGAAUGGAAACAAUGAGGAGUUCACCGUCAUCACGUUGGAGGAGACGCCUGAUAAAGAGGCGUGAGGCAGUGCAAGGGAAGGGGUCGAGUGGUCGGAUGGGUGGCGUUCUAAACUGCUUGGGUGGUCAGCACUGGAUGGACACUGGGUGGAUGUUAGGCAUAGCUGUGUGUGUAAUGUAGAAAUGAAGUUGACAUUAUACUGGAGCGAGCCCGCUGGGUUGUUCCAACCCUCAUGUCCAGCAUAUUGUUUGUCCAGUGUGCCAUAUUAGUGGGGGAGGGGGGGCAUGUAUAACUGAGUGUGAGUGUGUUGUGGGUCUGUUUUUGUGCAUGUGUUGUGUGUCUUUAUAACAAAGGGGAUGGCUGGGAAAAUGAAAGGGGUGGGUAGGUUGGAAUGUUUUAAUCAUUGAAGAUGUAUUGAUUGCAUUGUUUUUGCUUAUUUGCUCGUUUAAAUGAGCGUGAAGACGCACAUCAGCCAAAACAGCGAAAUGCCCAAACUAAGACAAUGAAAUUGAAUUUGAAAAAUCCAGUGUCAUAUAAAAUAUGAGCAGUCUUUUAUAUUGUUGUGAUUUAUUUCCUUAUUUUUGCUGUUUUGGUCUCCCAGGCAUUUCCUCUAGUUUAGUUUUUAGUUUCUCACGACAGCUGGCAAUACCACUUGUACCAUGUUUCUUGGUGUGUGAGUGUGUGUGUGUGUGUGUGUGUGUGUAUAUAUAUAUAUAUAUAUAUAUAUAUAUAUAUAUAUAUAGUAUAUAAAACUUUGUUUUUCAUCUUUUUUUUUUACAUUUUAGCCUGAAAUGUCCUUGCAAUAAUAGCUUCCAGUUAUUCUGGUAUGAAUAGCUUUGUAUGUUUGUUGACUAAAACAAUGUGUCAAGUUUCUAUGGCUGUGGUGAGAAGACUGAGAAUGUAAGUUAUUACAAGACCAUAAAAAGAACAAUCAAGAAGACAUUUAAUAAAGCAUUGCGAUGAUUUGUUCAU